AUGCCGACAUGUUUUCAGCACUUUUGUGCUGAAUGGCGGCGUGCUCGCCGGGUGGUGCUCCUACAUGCGCUGGAUUUAGAGACCAAGAGGGAGCUUGCGGCAGUGCUGGCGGGAGAUCAUGUAGUUGGCUGUGAUGGGCCAUUGGCAGAGAAGUUCGCCAUCGGAUUUUGGCACGCGGACUUUGAUGAAGCCAUUCCAGCGCGGAUGUGGCUGGCACAGAAUGGGGCACAGGCCAGUGGCAACACGGACGAGGUGGACACCAACGAUGGAGAUGUGCCACAAGACGACUUGCCUCCAACCAAGUCUCAGAAUACACGUGUGAAGUCAGGUGGACUCUCACAGGGUUUGCGCAGCUUCGCGCGGGGACCUGCCAAGAAAGGAGAAUUCGAUCGUGAAAGCACCGUUUCCUGGACGGUCACAUCGGUGAUGAGCAACAACAAUCCGCGCCCGUGGUUUGGUGCAAACCAACUGGUUCCUGCGGAGCAAGCCUUGCUAUUUCGCAACCCUGAGCAUCCCAUGGCCCACUUCCCGGACGAAUGUACCUUGGACACCACGGGUAUCGCCACGGGUAUCCAUGGGGGGGUCAUGGCUUGGGCUGAACAUGUCAUGUUUCGGAUAUGUUUCGGGAGCCGAGUCUUGGUCAGAUUGCAGAGUAUUGCAGGCAGCAAGGAUGAGUUCGUCCAGCUGAUGAAGAAGAGCUUGAUGGCCGAGCAGCUCUUUGCUGAAGGUGUUGGGCCCAAUCAAAAGAUCGAGGACAUCCCCAUCGCUGGUGUCCAAGAUGCUGAAGAUCUUUAUGAGGCCUUGCUGAUUCAUCAGCAGAUUUGCCGGCUGACCUUAGGUUCCAUGUUGCAGCUGGGGCGGACGAUGGAUGAUUUGGUGAAGAGGUGGAUGGUCUUGACCAAGUUCAGGCAACUCAUUGAGAGGGACACGGCGACCAUCAGCACCUUCAUUCAGACCUAUUUCUUGAGCCCCAAAGUGAAGCACAUCGACUCCAAUGAGAUCUACCACUUUUUCCGUGGAGGUCCAGGUCUGAGAGAUAUCAGCCCGGAAGAUGUCCUAUCCGCCCUAGAUGAGGAUGGCGAUGGAAAGGUGGAUCUGCAGGAGUGUCAAAGACAGCUGGGACUCAUUUCACCGCCUCGUCCCAGCUUAUUGGAGUUAGGCAGUCAGUUGGAGCUGAAACAUGGCCUGGGCCGUAGUGCCAUUAGCUCAGCGGUGGCUAACCCAGCAGCCCUCUUCGAGCACUUGUGCACUGUUGAGAAGGUGAGUCCUCCACCGGAAGACGUGGCGCGGCUCUUCCGGGCCUUGGCAGGGCCGAAGGGAAGCAAAGAGAUCAGCACUGAAAGCUUGUCUUACAUUCUGCGCCAGCCGCCCCUAGAUGUGCUUUGGGGAAUGGAAGUGCAUUUUGCACCUGCCUUAUAUGAUGCCUUGGCCUGUCGCAUGUUGACUGUGGAGCGCAGCCGACGCGGGGAUGCGAUCCUGCCUGGGGAGGCCUUUGUCCAGGGUGACGUUCCGGACAACGAUGAGCUGUCCCGGCGCUUCCAGUUUCUGUGGGACAGUUACGGCACCAAUCUGGUGGGUAGCGUCAAUCCACAACAAGCGGCAAAGUUCCGGGAACAUUGCUUCCUCAGAUAUCAGUCGCAUGCGGAGCAGAUCGCCAUGUGGAGAUCGAAUCACAGCGGAGAGCUGCGGCGGGGGCAACUGGUGGGUGUGCACAAGUCGCUGUUCCCGAGCAUUGGAGAUGUGAUUUUCACGGCAUCUUGUCGUUUGGUGGCAGGACAGACCUGUGUGGUCAGAUAUCGCCUGCAAGGUGCCUGUAGCUACUAUGGUCCCGGGCACACCGUGCUGAAGGACGAACGCGAGCCGGUGCCCUGGCCAGUGCCUCGGAAGGUCUUGGGAGACACGCCCUUCAUCGCCUUGGUUCCACCGGGCUUGAGCUACUGCGCCGCGGGAGGCGGUGGCUUCUACUUGGGACACCAAGCUUUCAACAACGUGGAUCCCAACCUGCGAGCGGAUUUGCCCAGGUGUUCAGAUGGACAGCCGCAGAUGUUGGGCCAUGUGGAGAUGUCAAUGCCUUCUUACAUCCGUUCCACCCGUGGCACGGGCAAAGCCGCAAAGAGCUCCGUCUUCGAACUGCGCCUCUUUUGCUCUUCGAAGCAGCGCAUCAUUGGAUGCAUUGGCGAGCCAGUGAGGUUGACUGUUUGGAACCAAACGCCACCUCCUCCGUUGGAAUCAUUGCAGCUGCGCUGUGAAGGGCGCAACGUCACUUUGAGAUGGAAUGCCUUGGAUCUGCUUGACUUGCCAAAGGAAAGCCUCGCGGACCAAGUGCGUGUGCUGGUGAAGACCGCCAGUAGUGAAGAGACCAUCGUGCUGAAGCCGGAGGUCACGGAGCACGAGUUCCACGAUCUGAUCCCAGACACGGACUACGAAUUCCGCGUGCGCGCGGAGAACGUGGCAGGAAGUAGCCGCGAUGUCAUUAGCCACUGUCGUAUCAAUGCGAGCUGCCCAGCACCUCAACAUUUGACGUGUGCAUACAUCGGCACAGCGCACGUGGAUUUGGAAUGGAUCAAACCCAGCAAGAUCGGGAACGAGGCGACCAAGGACGCUUAUCAGAUUCACACAGAGGUCAUCCAGAAAUAUGUGGCGACCCUGCGGGUGGUGGAGCAACAACCAGAACAAGAGAAAGGUGAGGAGAAAGGUGAGGAGAAGGAAGACAGUGAAGCCAGCUAUGGCACCGCCAGUUCUCCACGUUCCCUCCGCUCCAACACCAAGGACUUUGAGGUCCGCAGCAUGCGCUCCGAAAGCUCUUCACCGACCCGGGCGAUGCGCAAGCCCAAGGGCCUGUUCGCGAGGCAGGGCUCCACGAUGCAGGAUUAUUCCAAAGAUCGGCCUUGCACCUGGGAUCCUAACGCUUUGAGCGAGGACAAGGGCAAGAACAUGAUCCAGGCUGUGCUGUCUGGCUUGCGCCCCGACACUCGCUAUGUCCUCUCUGGCUUGUGCGCGGUGAAUUCGGUUGGCGCGGGGGCGUGCUGCCCGGUCUUGGAGUUUUGGACCAUCCCCUUGGUUCCACGGGUGGAACGAGUUCGUGUGCGUCAGGGCCAGGUGCUGAUUGCCCUGUCGGAGACUGGGGGUGCGUUCGUGCACGAGUAUGCGGUGUCCAUUUUGAAGGAGGGUUUGCCAGAGACAGAAGCCGUGACCUGGACCGUGCCUCAAAAAAAUAUCAUCUCGGAUGUGGAUGGAGACAAGGACAACCAGGUGGUGGCGACCUUGCCUGAGUUGCCACUGCCUUUUGCAGACAUGCCGGCGGCGGAAUCCAACCAGAAGCACCAUCUCAGAUUGCGCGCUUGCAAUGGUGGUGGCUGGUCUGAGUGGAGUCCCUUCAUCAGUACUGUGGCCAUCUCACGGCAACAAGGCGCCGACCUGGCCGAAGCCGCCAUCAUCGCAGCGAUCCAAGCGCCGGCCAUCGAAGAGUUGGAACAGGUGCUUCGAGCCAGCAAGGGCAUCGAGUUCCAGGAUUACAAGUACGUCCACGAAGCUCGCGCCUUGCUGCUGAGACUACGGGAAGUCAAGAAUGCCUUGGGCUUCGCGAUGAAAGCCAGAAAUCCAACUCAACUGCGAGAGGCCUUACAAGCGGCCAUGGACUCCAAGCUUCAAGGCAUCGACAAUGCCAUCACUCUUCUGGACAAGCUCGACCACGUGGUGGAGCGCUUGGACACCGCCAAAGGCCUCACACCACUGCGUGCGGCCAUUGAAGCGGCGGAAGCGGCCAGGUUGCCAGAGGAAAUUGUGGUGGUUGCGCGCCAGCGACUGCAAAACCGGGAGGCAGCGCAGAAGGGCCUGGAAGGAGCCAUCGAGGCAGCCAGGGUUCCGGAUCUCUUAGAAGCGCUGAAGGUGGCUGAAGGCAUGGACCUUCCAGCCGAGCCUGAAGCACGGGAAAGGGUGGAGUUGCUGGGACAGACGCAAGGGGCCCUGCAGAAGGCCAUGAGCACCAAAGUCAUCCCGGACCUGUCGGCAGCAUUAACCUUGGCGGGUAAAGCUGGGCUGAAGGAGCAUCAAAUGAUUCACGAGGCACGUGCCUUGUUGACCAAGCUCAUGAAUCGUCGGGAGAAUGUGAAGAAGGAACUGGAAAAAGCUAUGAAGUUUCGUCAUCCUGGGAAGCUGAAGAUGACGAUCAUGUCAGCACGUUUGGCACAAGUGAGCCUCAAGCGAAUCAUCGACGCAGAAAAUGUCCGGAAGUAUGUGGAAGAAUUGCUGGACGCCAUGUCUGCUGUAGCUGGUGUGGAGGAACGUGAGAGGACACUGCAAGCUGCAGUGGAUUACACAGUCCCUGCGGAGCUGUUGAAGAAGUUUGAGAUCGAGCUGGAAGAGUUGGUGAAUCUUCAUGCUGCGAUACGCCAGGGGGAUCCCGAGGUGUUGCGGGAGUGCAUCGAGAAGUGCGAAGAACUGGGCAUCAAAGUGGUCGAACUGCUAGAAGCGCGUGUUCUUUACAGGGACUGGGAAGCAGCCUGCGAAAAGGUCGAUUUGGAGGCGUCCCUGGAACGCGUGGAACAUCUUCGACAAGCCCUACGAGAUGCCAAGGACUUGGGGGUGAACGCCUUUGUCCUGACCAAGGGCACCGAGAACCUGAGACAUUUGGAGCAGCGAAUCAAGACGGAGCAGGAGCUCUCCGAUGCGGUACGCAUGAGAAAGAUGGAGGUUAUUGCUGCAGCCACAAAGUCGGCCUGUGAUGCCGGGGUCCAUGAUCAUCCGCUGAUCAGCAAAGCCCAUGGCCUCAUUGAGACGCUGUACAUGAAACGCAGCAAGGUCCAUGAAGCCACGGAACGUGCAGAGCUCCAUCUCAUGCACGAGACGAUGCAGCUGGCGGUGGAACCCCCUCCCUUGCCAGAGAGCGAGUCGAGCUACGGAUUCGCCCGGUUGCGUGCCCUGCGAAAGAAGGAGCAGAUCCAAGUGGUGUCAGGGCUACGUGCUGCGCAGGAAGCCAAAGAUUUCCGCACUGGCCUAGUUCUCUUGGACCGCAUUCAAUACGCAAAACGGGCCGAUGUUGAAGUUGAUCCUCAAUACUACUCGAACACCGAGUGGAUGACGAUCGCAGAAAGAGACCAGCAGGAGCAGUUUGAGAAGGACAUUCUGGAUGACAAGCCAGCAAGCAGAAUGCUGGCAGCUGUGGACAAGGCGAAUCCGCCAGAUCCUUUGGCGUGCUUCAUGCUGCCCAAUAGCACCAUUGUGGGUAGCAUGAAGGUCCUUUUCGAGCCGGCGGGGCAGCAGAUUUGCAUUCUCCCUCGUGAAGUGGUAGAAGCCACCCUGGUGGUGAAGUUGCAAGAUUUUUCCUCCGCGCGAGAGGGCGAAGCCAUCCUUCAGCAGUGCCUUGGGGUGAUUCGAAGACUCAUCGGAGAGGGAGAGGAGGUGCGGUGCUUGCGCGACGUGGAUUUGGUGACCCUGGACGCCGAAACGGAGAUGGAUGGGGUGAACUCGAGGAGAGCCACACUCCAACUGCCCAUUGCGAUUUACAUUCGUCGAAACCAUCGGGGAUUAGAGGUGGCUGAAGCGAUUUGUCGCCGGGGUCGUGUGGGUGCGGAUCUCUGGCAAUCCGUGCGGAUGCUACCGAACAGCAAAACGGGGCCCCUGGAACUGUGCACCAGGCCGGAUACCCUUUCGGAGAACUGCUCCAUGCAGCUCAGGAGGGAGGAAGCUGAUGAUGUUUCCUCGGCUUUGAGUAGCGAGCUGGCAGAUUCGCUGGUGAACAUCGCCAUGGAUCAAGCGCAAGGGUGGAAGCUGAAUUGCCGGCAGCUGGCAGACUACACCAGGUCGAUUCGCUCGCGGAUCUUGCGGACCAUCCAUUUGGAGUUCCAUUGGUCCUAUCCCAAGGGCAUUUUCGACUCGCUGGAUGCCAGCUGCAUCAUGUGCAACGAGGAGAAGGUCUUGGACAUUAUCGAUGGCCAUGGCUCACAGGCCAUGAAAUAUGCCGUUCCUGGCCUCGGACCUUACAGUCCCAGGCCGAGCUCGCACAACAAGAGCCUCAAGGGACGCGACCGUGAACAUCACGACGCUUCCAAGGCCAUGAUUUUACCGGUCUCUUGUCGCGAUGAGAUCAGUGAUCCCACUCUGCGGAAAGGCAAGCAAACCAUGGAAAUCCGGGUCGACCUUCUUCCACCCAGCGUCAGCGAUUUGCUUUUCGUCAUUUCGCCCACCAACUCCAGAGAUUUGUCGAAGUUCACCAACCUCAGGAGCGUCGUGGUGGAUGCGGACUCCGAGGGCUCGGAAAUUCUGGCGGACAACGAGGUCAACUACCAAGCCAAGUUUGGAGAUGAGUGUGCGGUGUUGAUCAGCAUUUAUCGCUUGGAAGAUGAGCUGUGGCACGUGAACAAGAUCAAUUCCUUUGGUCAUGGGAGCCAUCGUGACUACAGGACGGUGAUGAAGAAAAUCCUGGAGCUGGGCUAUCCACGACAUCCAGCCAUGCGGAACCUUGUUCCACCAGUGCUGGACCGAAUCCAGGAAGAACUCAACAUCUCCCAUCCUGUGAAAGAGACCAGAGUGCAUUUGACGGAGAAACAUGCUUUGGAGAUGGGCUACGCUGUGGAGUUAUCCGCCAACCAAAAAGCCAUGACCACAGAGUUUCUACAGAUCUUAGCAUCGCACGCCUUUCCACAGGCCAUCUCUGAGACCCUGUGGCUCUCCUCGGCGCGACGGAUGGAUCAGAAACAGCUCUCCAUCAACGAGGCCAUUUUUGGGGAUGCCUGGCGGUUGCGCUUCGAGUUUGGCUGGACCUUUCCUCCAGAGCAGGAGGAGGAAGACGAUCCCACACCUUUCUUUCUGGAUGCUGCCUGCGUGAUUUUUGAAGGUCAAGCUCUCCGCGAACUGGUGGAUUAUCGUGGCGCGCAUGGCGUACGAUGGGUGAUGAAUGGAGUGUUAGACUAUCGUGGCUACUGGGUGGGGCAGAUCCCCAUUGGCGAUGCGACGGGCGGAGCCGUAAAGCAUGUUGGGGGCGACUUCAACUACACGGCGCGUGAAGGCAAAACAUCUAUGGAGGUACAAUUCAACGAGAUUCCCUUGGGCGUCACGGACAUGUUCUUCGUUCUCUCCAGCCACUCUCUUCCGAUUUCGCCCUUCAGUGAUAUCACCAUGCAGGUGAAGGACUCGACCCACAAGGACCACAACAUCUCCGAUGUCUUCGAGCUGACACCCUCCACGGAGAAAGACACGGCGCUGAUCGCGUGUCGCUGCAGCCGCUCCAUGGAACGGACCCAGUGGGGUGAAGGCAUUUGGAAUCUGGAGAUGUUAAGUUCAUCCAGUGGGGGACAGGCGAUGGACUAUCGCCCAGUCUUGCAGACGCUCUAUGCCAUCCAGGCAUCCACGCAAAAGUCAAGGCAGGUGCAGUGGCCCUACAAGGGCGGUUUCAACGGUUCCAAGGGAAGGGAGGACCCAAGGAGUCUCAUCAGAGACAACACUGUGAGGUGA